UCCACGCGCGUUGUCAGAGGGGGGAAAGAGAGACAGAGGAAACAGAGUAGGACAGAGAGUGAAAAAGAGAGUUGCAGUACCGACGGGAAGGAUUCGAUGUUUUUGGUCUUCCAGCUAUCACUGUUUAAAAAGCAAUAGCCUAUUUUAAGGGCCUACAGUGACAUUUUGUUUAAGAGAAUUAUGUUCUUUGAAGCUCUCCAGACAUGUCUUGGACUCAAGUAUUGUCUGUAUGAAGCCUUUUAACUCCGGUUUUCUCUCCGACCGUCAGCAGCCACAACUCGCUGCCGAAGCUUUGUCGAUUCUUUUGCAGUCUUGCUUGUUUUCCAUAUUUCUUUUCUUCCCUUUUUUCCCAUAAAUGUGUCAUUGACUUACCUGCACUGGGAUUUUCAGAUAAUUUCGCUCACUGCAGAUUUGACCCGCUUGUUCCGCCUCACUUUCUCCUCUCAGCUGCGGUAGACUGUGGCACGCGGAGAAAAGAGGAGAGUCUCGCGCAGAGAGGAACUGUCCGGUGCUGAAACCACGAGGCUGCACAGGAGCACGUCAGGGACCGUUUUAUAGUAGCUGUCCGCGUGCUGAAGAUCAGAAGGACUAAAACAAUAUACGAGGGACAUUUUUUCCUUUUUUUUUUCUUUCUUUUUUUCCAAAGGAAAAGCCGUCCAGGACGUCACUUAUAUGCUCAUUUUUUUAAGCUUUUAGAACUCCAUCGGUCUUCCAGUGGCAAGUUUAUGGAGUUAAACAGACUUUAUUUUCUCCACAGAACAAAAGACUCACACGCUAAAAUAGCAUGCAUUUGACAAACCCAAGCGAAAAUAAAUAUUAGGUAUGUUAGAAAUAAAAGCACGAGAGUAAUGCUAAUCUUUAAAAGUCAUGCCUCUAUUUUCGAGGCUGUUUGAUGGGAGAAAGCAAAUUCACCUUUAGUUAGGCAAAACGGCUAAUUAAGCUGUAUGCUAAAAAAAAGAAAAAAAAGAAAAAAACCCAGCUUGAUCUCAUUACCAGACUACAUUUUGACUAAAUUUAGACUGGAGAAACGAAAGUGUGCUAAUCAUAAGAGCGUAGGAGCAACAUCUGUCCCAUCAUGCCUCGAUCUUUCUUAGUGAAGAAAGUCAAACUGGAUGAUUUCUCGGCUGCUGAGCUGGAGAGCUCCUAUGGUCACAGCCGGAGAGAAGAGCUCAGUCUGCGAUUCCAUCAUCAUGACAAAGGCUUCGUCAGUGAUUAUUUAAGUCCAAAUCCUUAUGAUGACGUGGUUGGAAGUGACUCAUCUGUCAUCUCUAAAGUACCCUCCCCAAGCCAUUCAUCAAUCAUCUAUGACCACAUUGACAACACCUAUUCUGGUAUCCAUGGUGACAUCCAUGGUGAUUCAGACCAGCCGGACAGCCCUCGGUCCGAGGUGUCAUCAUCAGCUGGUGGAUACAUCAACGGAGACACAGCUGUGAGUGAGGGAUACACAGUAGAUGCGUUUUUCAUCAUGGAUGGGCGAUCACGAAGGAAAGCCCCGGGAAACCCAAGAGGGGCCACCCAGAGGCACUCUUGCAGCGAGUGUGGCAAAACCUAUGCCACGUCUUCCAACCUGAGCCGGCACAAGCAGACGCACAGGAGCAUAGAUAGCAAGAUGGCCAAGAAAUGCCCCACAUGUGGGAAAGUUUAUGUGUCCAUGCCGGCGAUGGCUAUGCACCUGCUCACUCAUGACCUCAAACACAAGUGUGACGUAUGCGGCAAAGCGUUCAGCCGGCCAUGGUUGCUACAAGGCCACAUGCGCUCGCACACGGGUGAGAAGCCAUUCGGGUGUGCACACUGUGGGAAAGCCUUUGCUGACCGGUCAAACCUGCGUGCUCACAUGCAGACUCACUCAGCCUUCAAGCACUACAAGUGUAAACGGUGUAACAAGACCUUUGCACUUAAGAGUUACCUGAAUAAGCACUAUGAAUCAGCAUGUUUUAAAGGGGCUUUCUCUCCACUGAGCUCACUGGGUGAAUGAUGGAUUUGUGACUGGGGUGAAAUCACAUUAUUUUA